AGACCCAUCUCAUCCCUUCUCCUACCAGAGACCCAUCUCAUCCCUUCUCCUACCAGAGACCCAUCUCAUCCCUUCUCCUCCCAGAGACCCAUCUCAUCCCUUCUCCUACCACUCCAGAGAUCCAUUCCAUCCCUUCUCCUACCACUCCAGAGGUCCAUUCCAUCCCUUCUCCUACCAGAGACCAAUCUCAUCCCUUCUCCUACCACUCCAGAGACCCAUCUCAUCCCUUCUCCUACCACUCCAGAGGUCCAUCUCAUCCCUUCUCCUACCACUCCAGAGGUCCAUCUCAUCCCUUCUCCUACCACUCCAGAGAUCCAUCUCAUCCCUUCUCCUACCUCUCCAGAGACCCAUCUCAUCCCUUCUCCUACCACUCCAGAGGUCCAUCUCAUCCCUUCUCCUACCACUCCAGAGGUCCAUCUCAUCCCUUCUCCUACCACUCCAGAGAUCCAUUCCAUCCCUUCUCCUACCACUCCAGAGGUCCAUCUCAUCCCUUCUCCUACCACUCCAGAGGUCCAUCUCAUCCCUUCUCCUACCACUCCAGAGGUCCAUCCCAUCCCUUCUCCUACCACUCCAGAGGCCUAUCUCAUCCACAGUCCAGACUUCCACCAUCUAGUCUGGUUACCAGGUGUACGACCAGACUUCAUCUCUAGAAUGAGAGUGGGAUUUUGCCAGACCUCUACCUGUCCAGGGUGACCUGUCCAUGACCUGUCCAGCUCUACCUGCCCUGAUAGACAGUACCCCCGCCACCUGAGCCUCUGUUCCUCAUCCCUAGCCCACCCCCCAAACACUCCCAGUCCCCCAGUUCCUCAGCCCCAACCCACCCCCCAAAUCCCCCCGGUCCCCCUGUUCCUCAGCCUCAGCCCCAACCCACCCCCGAAACCCCUCCAGUCCCCUUGUUCCUCAGCAACCAGCCCGAAGCAGGGGAGGAUGGGUGAUGGGCCUGUGAGUCUCCCUGGUCUCACUCCUUCCUUCUCUCUCAUCCUCUCAUGGAGCCUCCUGUUGACAGCUCCACCUCCCCCUGGAACUCUUCCCAGUCCUCUCUCUCCGGACUUCCAGGUCCCUGGCUCCCAGCCUUCCCAGCCUUGCUGCACCCCAAUGCCUCUAAAGUGAGUCUUCCCGUGGGCACCGGCGCCAGCAGAGCCCCCCUGGCCCAGUCCCUGGCCCUGUGUGUGAUGCUUCUCAUGGACCUCUUAGCGGUCGUAGGCAACCUAGCCGUCAUGGCUGUCAUCACCAAGACACCGCAGCUGAGGAAGUUCGCCUUCGUGUUCCACCUGUGUCUGGUUGACCUGCUGGCGGCUCUGGUUCUGAUGCCUCUGGGGAUGCUGCCGGACCGGGUUUUGGCGCACGACGAGGCACUGUGCCGGAGCUACCUCUGUCUUAGCGUGGGUCUGGUCAGUGCCGCCAUCUUGUCUAUCUCUGCCAUCAACGUGGAGAGGUACUAUUAUAUUGUCCACCCCAUGCGCCAUGAGGUCAAGAUGACCGUGGGGGUGGUUGUGACGGUGUUGGUCGGGAUCUGGAUCAAAGCUAUUGUCACGUCAGCAAUGCCACUCCUGGGCUGGGUCUUCCAGGGGAGCCAGGGGGUAGGGGUCGAACUCGGAGGGGGACUAGAGGCUCCCAUGAUCCCGAGUCAUCCAAGCCAGAGACGUUGCUCCCUACACUGGACCGGAGGAGGAGGGACCACACGGUUAAUAUUCAUGCUCUUCUUUACCUUUGUCUACUUCCUGUGUCCAGUGCUGAUCAUCCUUGUUGUGUACUGUAACAUGUUUAAAGUAGCCAGGGUCGCAGCCAUGCAGCAUGGCCCCUUACCUACCGGGAUGGACACACCUGGGCCCCGCCCUCACCGCUCCGAGUCCCUCAGCAGCCAAUCCACCAUGGCUGCCAGCCUGGGGGGAGGCCGCGGAGGUGGCCCUGGGGGCCCAUGCCCUCCACUCCGCACCCCCAGUCAGAGGACCUUCAACGGGGGUAAAGCUGCGGCAGUCCUGGUGGCGGUUGGAGGCCAGUUCCUAUGCUGCUGGCUGCCUUACUUCUCCUUUCACCUGUACGCCGCCCUGGUCUCCACCCCCCCGGCCUCCCUGGCUUCGGGCCAGAUGGAGGAAGUCGUGACCUGGAUCGGUUACUUCUGCUUCACCUCUAACCCCUUAUUCUACGGCUGUCUGAACCGGCAGAUCCGCACGGAGCUGGGCCGAAGCCUGGCCUGUAUCUUUAAGCGGGCGGGGCCGGGCAACGGGGAUCAGCUGGCCAGCCGAGAGGCCUCCAUCGAGGAGAACUUCCUCCAGUUCCUCCAGGGGACAGGGUGCAAUCUGGAGCCCUGCGAAUCUCAGGCACACAGCAGGGCUAGCAGGCCAGAGGAGCUGGAGGAGGUGGGGGAGAGGGGCCCUCUUCAAGAUGGACCUUGUCAGGAGAACACGCUGGUCCAGGAACACACGCCUGUUGACUUCCACAUCCCUGGACAGAUUAUCGAGGAGACCUCUGAGUUCUUGGAGCAGCAGCAUCUGAAUCUGAACAAUGACAUCAACCUAGCAGACAACUGCUGCAGGGUACACAGAACAUUGCUGGACAGCGCCUGAGCUGUAGCUGACACCGGCCACUCAUGUGUACAGUAGGCCUUUUUUUGGGUGGGUGGGGGGGGGGGGGGGCAGGCCUCAGAGGUGGAAACACUAAAGUCUAAAGUCUGUAGAACAAGCACCGGUGUAGAGUCCUAUGGUGGAAACGGCAGAUAGAUGCCAUGUUCUUUAGUAUGUCUGAGUAUUCCAUCUGAUGCUGGACUUGAUGGUGUUGUGUCCACAUUUGCUACAGUGUGAUUAUGGGACAUGACGUGUACAUAGCAAGUAGUUACUACUACAACUCUAAUGUAUAGGGUUGCUAUCUUCUUUUGAAGAUUUCAUGUUGUUAUUAUCAGUCUAAAUCUCUAUGUUCAUUCUUCUGUCACUAGAAUCAGGGUUCCUUUAUGGGAAGGUUAGGAGGUAUGAUACAUGGUUGGAGAAAAUUCCAUUUAAAUUCAGUAAACUCCAGAAGUAAACAGACAUUUUUAAUUCCAAUCAAUCCUCCAUGCUUUUCUAUCAGGUUCCUGAAUUACCCUGGUAUGAUGACAUUGCUACCCAUUUUCUAUCCGGUUCCUGAAUUACCCUGGUAUGAUGACAUUGCUACCCAUUUUCUAUCAGGUUCCUGAAUUACCCUGGUAUGAUGACAUUGCUACCCAUUUUCUAUCAGGUUCCUGAAUUACCCUGGUAUGAUGACAUUGCUACCCAUUUUCUAUCAAGACCAAAACUCCUUACAUUAAAUAUAUUUACUGCCAGUCUACCUCCCCUGUGUCCUUCAGUCAAUCAAUGUCUUUUUUGGUACUGAAUUAUUAUUUUGGUCUGGGAAAGAGUGGGAGAACAUCUCACAUAUUAGCAAUCUUUGUUUUGGUGUGGAUCGCACAAAUAAUUUUUGUCAAAGUUUGAAAGAAUACCCUAAGACAACCAGUUAGACAAAUGUAAAAUGACAAUCCUAUACAGAAUAUACAGUACAUACAGUAGCAGGUGAAAGGUUAAUAACCAGAUCAACACACUGAUCACAGCAGAGAACAGGAUAGUGCUGAUCCCCCGUUCCAGUCCCAUAAUUCAACCAAUAAAUGAAUGCAGAUUUAGAUGUUUUUCUCGGGUAGGACAUAAAAAAAUUAAACAAUUUCAGAGCCA